CAUCGCGGCACAAAAGCCUAUUCUAGUUCCUCGUUGUCCUCCCGACCAUCCAAACUCUAACCUGUCUCGUUCUUCUUAUAAAACCUCUAUCGCCACACAUUGCGCUACGGUUUUUCUCUCUCCUCUCUCUAGUCUUAAUUCAUCCACCAGCCAUUGGCUUCGGCCAAGGCUGAUUGACGAGCCAUUCCCAGCAGCAAUGGGCGCCCUCCAUUUCCCGCUGCUCCUCGUGGCCGCCCUUCUCUUCUCGUCUUCGGCGGCGCUGACCGCCGUUGAGGAGGCCGAAAUCGCGCUGCGGCAGAAGCUCGCCUUCGAGAACCACCACCACCCGACUGACCAUGUCCACAUCGACAUCAACAUCGACAUCAAGAUCACCAACCCGAGCCUCCUCACCGCGCACAAGGCGCUGCAGGCGCUCAAGGACGCGCUCUACUCCGACCCCAACAACUUCACCGGCAACUGGGUCGGCCCUGACGUGUGCGCCUACAACGGCGUGUUCUGCGUCCCGUCGCUGCACAACGAGACGGAGAGCGCCGUCGCGACGCUCGACAUGAACUCCGCCGAUGUCGCGGGAUACCUGCCCAAGGAGAUCGGGCUCAUGAGGGACCUCGCCGUGCUCCACCUCAACUCCAACCGCUUCUGCGGGGUCAUCCCGGAGGAGAUCAGGAACAUGACGGAGCUGUACGAGUUCGACGCCAGCAACAACCGCUUCGUGGGGCCCUUCCCCGCCGCCGUCCUCGGGGUUCCCAAGCUCACCUACCUCGACAUCCGGUUCAAUGACUUCGAUGGCCCGAUCCCGCCGGAGCUCUUUCUCAAGCCCUACGACGCCAUCUUCCUCAACAACAACCGGUUCACCUCCGGCAUCCCCGAGACCAUCGGCAAGUCAAGGGCGACGGUGAUCGUCCUAGCCAACAACGAACUCGGCGGGUGCAUCCCCCGGAGCAUCGGCGACGCCGCGGCCACGCUUGACCAAUUCACCUUCACCAACAAUAGCCUCACCGGCUGCCUGCCGGUCGAGGCGGGCCUCCUGACCAAUGCGACGGUGUUCGAUGUCAGCGGCAACGCGCUCACCGGCGCGAUCCCGCUGACGCUGGCCGGGCUGUCCAGGGUCGAGCAGCUGGACCUGUCGCGCAACAUGUUCACCGGCGACGUGCCGACGGACCUGUGCGAGCUGCCGGCGUUGGCAAACCUGUCAGUCUCGUACAACUUCUUGACGCGCGAGGACGUCGCGUGCAGCGCGCUGGACAGGAACAUGAACGGGUCCUUUAACGACGAGGCAAACUGCAUGGGGCAGUCAAGGCUGGCGCAGAGGAGUGCCGGCGAGUGUACGCCGGUGGUGAGCCACCCGGUGGACUGCAUCAAGGUCAAAUCAUGUGGGUGGCCAUCAGUGGAACCGCCGCCGCCACCGCCAGCCCCUGUGGCAUCCCCGCCGCCGCCACCUAUGUCGUCUCCGCCACCACCACCAGCCUCUCCACCGCCGCCUGUGGUAUCUCCGCCACCGCCAGUUUUCUCUCCGCCACCACCUGCGGUAUCUCCGCCACCGCCGGUUUUCUCUCCACCACCGCCUGUGGCAUCUCCACCACCGCCGAUUUUCUCUCCGCCACCGCCUGCGGCAUCACCUCCUCCUCCUCCACCACCAGUUUACUCUCCACCACCGCCGCCACCAGUUAUUGUCCCACCUGUACGAGGAACGAAAUACCAGUCACCGCCGCCACCACUUUUUCCAGGUUACUGAAAGCCAAGAACAUGAGCGAUAUGUACAGAUGUUGUUGUUCCAAUAUUUUAGCACAGGAGAAAUCGAAUGUAAUCUAAGCUCACACUUUUCCACAUUGCUGAGGGUGCCCACAUAUUCUUAUAAUUCUGACAUGCUUGGCACCCUCUAA